AUGGGCUUGGUACAGGCUCUUCGUCGGUCUAUGAAAGGCGACAAGGAGAAGCAGCACAGCAUCUCCAUCACCCCCAAAGCUGCAGUCGCAAUCGUUCCGCCCAAGAAGGUCAUCCGCGCUCUCUACGACUAUGAAGCUCGCUCAGCCCAGGAGCUGAGCUUCUCCAAAGGCGACUUCUUCCACGUCAUCGGCCGAGAAGACGAUCCGGACUGGUACGAGGCCUGCAACCCUGCGCUGCCCGAUGCGCGUGGUCUUGUGCCCGUUGCCUUCUUUCAAGCGCUUGGAAAGACUGAGCGCGACAGCCAGCAGUCGGACGGAGGCCGCCCGCCAACCGCAAACAAGAACCCUGACCAUGACUCUGGCUACGGCGAAGUCCAAUCCCCUCCCGGCACGGCUGGAGGGCCGGGCAGCCAGCGCGCGUCAAAGGUCAAGCAGGGCGCCAUGGUGUACGGUGUCGUCAUGUACGACUUCAACGCCGAAAGGUCCGACGAGCUGGAGGCCAAGGCCGGUGAGGCCAUCAUCGUCAUCGCCCAGUCCAACCCGGAGUGGUUUGUCGCUAAGCCUAUUGGUCGGCUGGGCGGUCCAGGCUUGAUUCCAGUGUCCUUUAUUGAGCUCCGUGAUAUGGGCACGGGCAAGGCCAUUGAUAACCCUGAUGCCGCCAUUAGACAGGCGGGCGUCCCUAAAGUUGAGGAGUGGAAGAAGAUGGCGACUGCGUACAAGAAUAGCAGCAUUACGCUGGGCAAGUUUGAGGGCGGAGGACCGUCGCAGCCGCUGGAGCAGGGCAUGGAGCGCAUGAGCAUUCAGCCGGGACCUCAGCCUACUCAAAGCAUGCCCCCUCAGCCUGCUGCCCUCCCCCAACAGAACGAGUUUGUGUCGAGCGCGACAACGGAACUCUAUGCACCCAUCUCUGCCCGGAUACCUCGCUAUUGCUUUGCAGAGGACAAGUACUGGUUUGUCAUUGAAACACAGCUCGAGGACGGGCGACACUGGGAAUUGUCCAGGUACUAUGAGGACUUUUAUGAUUUCCAGAUUGCCCUUCUCACCGAAUUCCCCGCCGAGGCUGGCAACACUGGUACCCAGAAGCGAUCACUCCCAUACAUGCCUGGCCCCGUGAGCUAUGUGACAGAUGCCAUCACAGAGGGAAGGCUGCAUAACCUGGAUGCCUAUGUCAAGAACCUACUUAACCAGCCCUCUUACAUUGCUCGUUGCACGCUUGUCAAGCAAUUCUUCGCCCCCCGAGAAGGCGAUUAUGAGAUGGACCCCUCCACGAUUGAAGAGGAAUACCGACUGUCCCAGGGCUCUCAGUCCUCUGGGUCACAUGCUAACCCUGAUUCGCGACAGUCUUCGCGAAACAAUCUGAGCGGCAACGGAUACUCUGGUCUCUCAGCCACGCCACGCCAAGUGAGCAAUCCACAGUCAGUUAUGCAACAGCAACAUAUGCAGCAGCCGAUGCCGUCCCAGCCACAGCAACAGGCCCAGCCUGGAGCCGCAAUGAAGAUUAAGAUUUCCUACAACGGCGAUCUCAUUGCUAUCCGAGUCCCCACAGACAUCCAGUACCAACAGCUCUGUGACAAGAUUCAAGACCGUCUCAAGGUAUCGCCUUCAGAACAAAUGCAGCUGUUUUACAAGGACGAGUCGACAGGAGAGAAGCCUAGCCUGUCGAACGAUGCCGAUCUCGACUAUGCCCUUGAGCGGAACGAGAAGCUCAUGUUAUUUGUGGAAGUGGCAUAG